CGGGCCUGAGGCGAAGGAGCAUCGGGGAGCCCGCCGUGCUGGUAGCGAGAGUUGCAUUUAGAUAUAACAAAAUGCCUCAGAAGUAGAUGUUGUAGCCCCUGCCAGCAAAACAAUACUGACAACUCUAGUUUGCCCAUUAUUAGCCAAAGAAGUGUAUAACCUGCUAUCAAAAAGUGACAAGAUAUUAAUAAGGCAGCGGAAAGAAGAAAUAUGAAUACGGCUCCAUCAAGACCCAGCCCCACACGAAGAGAUCCAUAUGGCUUUGGAGACAGUCGAGAUUCAAGACGUGAUCGAUCCCCAAUUCGAGGAAGUCCAAGAAGAGAGCCCAGGGAUGGAAGAAAUGGUCGUGAUACCCGCGAUAGCAGAGACAUGCGAGACCCCCGAGACUUGCGGGACCACAGAGAUAGAGACGUUCGGGAUCACAGAGACAGCAGAAGUAUGCGUGAUGCUCGGGACAUGAGGGAUCUUAGAGACUUCCGUGAUCUAAGAGACUCUAGGGAUUUUCGAGAUCAUCGAGACCCCAUGUAUGACAGAUACAGAGAUAUGAGAGACUCCCGAGAUCCCAUGUACAGGAGAGAAAGCUCUUAUGACCGAUACUUGCGAAUGGAUGACUAUGGCAGGAGAAAGGAUGACUCUUACUUUGACCGUUACAGGGAUAGCUUUGAUGGAAGAGGCCCUCCAGGCCCAGAAAGUCAGUCUCGUGCAAAAGAGCGUUUGAAACGUGAAGAACGGCGUAGAGAAGAGCUUUAUCGUCAAUAUUUUGAAGAAAUCCAGAGACGCUUUGAUGCUGAGAGGCCUGUUGAUUGUUCUGUGAUUGUGGUCAAUAAGCAGACUAAAGAUUAUGCUGAAUCUGUGGGGCGGAAGGUACGAGACCUAGGCAUGGUAGUGGAUUUGAUCUUCCUCAACACAGAGGUUUCGCUGUCACAAGCCCUGGAGGAUGUUAGCAGGGGAGGGUCUCCUUUUGCUAUUGUCAUCACCCAGCAACACCAGAUUCACCGCUCCUGUACAGUCAACAUCAUGUUUGGAACCCCACAAGAGCACCGCAACAUGCCGCAGGCAGACGCCAUGGUGCUGGUGGCCAGAAAUUAUGAGCGCUACAAGAAUGAGUGCCGGGAAAAGGAACGCGAGGAGAUUGCCAGACAGGCAGCCAAGAUGGCCAAUGAAGCCAUUCUGCAGGAAAGAGAGCGAGGAGGCCCCGAUGAAGGAGUACGCGGGGGCCACCCUCCAGCCAUCCAAAGCCUCAUCAACCUGCUGGCAGACAACAGGUACCUCACUGCCGAAGAGACUGACAAGAUCAUCAACUACCUGCGAGAGAGGAAGGAGCGGCUGAUGAGGAGCAGCACCGACUCUCUGCCUGGCCCGAUUUCCCGCCAACCACUCGGGGCGACCUCGGGUGCCUCGCUGAAGACACAGCCAAGCUCCCAACCGCUCCAGAGCAGCCAAGUGCUCCCCUCUGCUACACCCACUCCAGCUGCGCCCCCCACCUCCCAGCAAGAGCUUCAGGCCAAAAUCCUCAGCCUCUUCAAUAGUGGCACGGUUGUGGCCAAUAGCUCUGCAUCUCCCUCAGUCGCUGCCGGAAACACCCAGAACCAGAAUUUUUCCACACCCGUAAACAGCCAGCCUCAGCAAAGAUCACAGGCCUCUGGCAAUCAGCCUCCAAACAUUUUGGGACAGGCAGGAUCUGCUCGGAACAUGGGCCCCAGGCCUGGGGCUCCUUCCCAGGGGCUCUUUGUCCAGCCUUCCAGUCGCCUGGCACCUGCCAGCAACAUAGCUAGCCAGAGGCCGGUGUCUUCCACAGGUAUCAACUUUGACAAUCCAAGUGUACAGAAGGCUCUGGACACCCUGAUCCAGAGUGGCUCUGCUCUCUCCCACCUGGUUAGCCAAACCACAGCACAGGUGGGGCGGCCCCAGGCGCCCAUGGGAUCUUACCAGAGGCAUUACUGAGGCUCAAUCUCAACUAUUCCCGGCUCCCUCAUCCCUGGCCGCCUCCCAUCUAUUGUGUUCUAAGUAGUUAUUUGGAGGAUGUUCUUUGCGCCUAUCCAGGUCACAUCAAAUGUCCUACGUUUCUACCACCUGCUCUCUCUUCUGCCCAAUGCUGUGUUGCUUAUUCCUUCCAGAGUCAGAGUUUAUAUUGCAUUUGGGGUUGUGUAUUUUUUUUGUUGUUUUUGUUUUUUUGUAGAAAAUAAAUAUUUCUGGGGUCACUUGGGUGGCAGUAUAGGUGUCUGGGCUCAGUUGAUAUUUUAUGGGUUUCAAACAUGGGUUUCUCUGGUCUCUCUGUCACCUGGAUUUGGGGGGUGGGGAAGGAAAAGCCAAGCCCCAAUUGGCUGAGUUUGGAAUGGCAUUUUCAUGUCAAUAGCCUUUGUUUUCCAGCCUCACAGGCUACUCAGAGCUCCAGCUCCUCUCUGCAGCUCCUGCCCAGAGUUGCAUAGCAGACUGGGCUCAGCAGGCAUGGUGUCAUUGUGCCCACCCCUACGUUGAGGGGUCUGCUCAAUGAUGUAUAAUUUAGCUACUCUGGAGUUUAGGAGUGUCCAUGGCAGCCACACAAACAAGAUACUCUUCUGCCUGACACAGUAUUGUUGGUUUUGGGUUUUCUCAUUUUUCUCUUCUUUUGCUCUCAUUUCAUUGGAGGAUCUCCAGUGGACUGAACAAUUCCAGUCACCAGCAGUUUAACAUAAACUGUGAAUCUGGGCCCCAACCACUCUUACCCCCCUUAACAUUUCCAUCAGCCUCUCCUUCUCCAGUGGUAGUUUGAUGGAAUCCGUUCUGAGAAGGCAACUCUAGACUCUGGCAUUGAACACCCAUUUUUUCAGUGAUUGUUUGAGUUUUGGGCUUAAAAAUCAAUCUCUUGUUUUCUGAGUAGCAGGAGGGAGGGACCAUUUUGAUGUCAGUCUUUUGGUAGCUGGACAUGUUGUUGAUAUAGGUGGCUGUUCCUAACUUUUGAGCCAGAGUGAAAUUAUUAGAGGGAGGACUUCUGGCUGCUGCUCUAAAUGGAGCCAAAGGAAGCUGCCCUCUCCCUAAGGAUGAUGCUCAUUAGAGCCCCGUGGAUCAUAGUCCCAAGGGGCCUCUGGCAGGGACGAGGGAGAACAGUGACUUCAGCUGAGUCCCUGCCAGUGGCUAAGCAAACAAUGGUUUAAAAAACUCAAGGUCCCCAGAUGGCAGCAUUUUAUGUUCUGAUCUGUUUGUGUUCUAUAGUGUUUUUCCCUCUUUGGAACUUGUGUUGUUGAUAAGAUAAGAUGAUUACUUUUUAAUUAAAAUGAAAAAGGAAAUGUGUCGUCUUUUUGGAGUGUGACUAUCUGCAGGACCUCUUUUGGGGGCCUUCCCACUGAGGGUUGGAACGUGAGGGUCCCUGGAAGCACUGACUAGUUUCAGUCUGCUGUGAGGCCUGCCCCCUCUUGUCCUCAACCUAUGCUCAGGCCUCAAAACCUCUUUUAACCCUAGCUUCUCUUCAGCUCACCUAGUUAGCAGCUUUAAUAACAAUUCAGAGCAGACGCCUGCUGGCUAAUGGCACUGCUGUGUGAAACAUCCUUGUUUGUGUAGACUUUCAGUGUGUCAGCAGGCUUGUCCUCUUAUUCUAGGAAAGGAAAGCAGGACCGUGAGGAGGCCAUUUCUGGCAACUGGCCAGUGAAGUUGGUUACUCUCCUGUUUUGAUUUCAUCUCAGUUGCCACCCUCUGUUCUGCCCGUUAUGCAAGGAGUUGGGAGAACCAUAGUUACAGAAUCUGUAAGAGCCUUCAAGAGCAUUUAAUAAUAGCCGGCCCCAUCAGGAAACGGUGUGGGUGUGUGAAGUGACUGGCACAAGGCCUCCAGUGGGUUAGGGGCCAAAAUGCAGACAGCACUGAACCUGACUGAUCCCUGCUCACCACCUCGCGGGGUGAUGUUGGUGCAGUGUUCUCUCUACUGGCCCCUGCUGCCAGUUUCUUCGUCCCUUGAGGGCAGGGCCUCAAAACUGUCAGUACACUAAGGAGGCCCGUCCUCCUGGAGAGCCAUGUUGAGUAAUCCUCUUCUCAACUACUAAUUCUUCCCCCUCACAUGUCCAAACAGCACACCUCAGGCUGUGAAGGGUAUAAUAAAAUUAUUUUUAUUGCAUUUUGUGCAGACAGGAGUCUAAAAAAUACAGUAAAAGCUGUAAAGCAUUAAAUGGGAGCAUUCAACAGUAAAGGAAAGACCAACCCUCUCCUUUUCAUAUUGGCACAAAAAAACACAAGGUCAGUACUGAGGCAGAAUGCGGAAUACUGAAACACUGAAAAUUAAAGGCAGGCCUAAUAAUAGUAAUAAAUACUCUUGAUUUGGUUUGCAAUCUCUCCUAUUUACAAGGGUUUUCAACUUCAUUGCAUUGCCCUGCACGUAGAUCGUCCAAAACAAAAGCAACGCUAGUUAUCACUACGAGGCUAUUGAAAUAUUGCACUCAGAAUGAAAGUCACUUGGACAUGAAACAUCUAGCUACAAUGAUUAUAAAGAUAAUUUGAUGAAUGACAUGAUAACAUUCAUAACAAAUAUUGCACAUGUAGCACAGAAAACUUGGGUUUUUGUUGUGGGAUGUUUGUUUUCAUCCAUGGAAACUGCUCUUGCCA